GCGUCGAUCCUUGGACAGUCCAGGCACGUCAUACAGUUGCUGCCGGUAUAUGCCGACAGCUUGGAACGUCUGGAACUUUAUGAGUACGACAUAGUCCGCAACUCGGCCAGAAAGGCGUUCACUACCGUCGGAAGCUUGAAGCACUUGCGGGAACUCAGGAUGUCCGUCCCCGAUCGAAUACCGCCCGGAACAGCUGCUCUGGCUUUUACGAAUGGAGGACUGCCACAACUGAAAGUGCUGGAUCUACCACACGGAUACGGUGUGGAAGAUAACACAGUAAUUGCCAUCAGCCACGGAUGUCCCGGUUUGCGGCAGCUCUCCGUCACUCACGCUACGAAGCUGUCGCCUGCUGCCUUCUCGGAGAUUGACCGUCUAGAACAUCUUGAAAUACUAGAUGUGACAGGUUGUAGCAGACUCGGCGGAGGCCUAUUCCCCUACCUCGUCGGGCUACCGCGACUUCACACAUUGCGAAUGGGUACCAUGUAUUUCGGUACCACGUAUUUUACAGAGUUGCAGCCAGGUGUGAGCAGCAUCCUCAAAUUGUCAGGUUUGCGCUGUCUGACAUUCGAUUAUUCGGAUGUUACUGGAGAGCCUUUUGAUAAGUUUCCGGAGAAUCUCAUCAGUCUCAGGGAGCUGAGUGUCGAAGGGUGCCGAGGUGACCCCAGAGCCACAGACGGGCUGACCGAGCAGAUGCCCAAUCUCGUAAUCCGCGGCAAGAUCCACGCUGAGCUACAGCGUUUCUACUUCGAGGCACUCGAGGAUGUAGGGCCCGGCGAAGCAGACGAAGUGGUGGACGACCGUUCGGAGAGUGACGAAGACGGCGACAGUGAUAGUAGCGUCGGCGGCAGUGACAGUGAGAGAGGUUGAGAGCACUAUAUCUGUAUGUAUAAAAAUGAUGUGAAAUUUAUAGGAAAGUACAAUUCUCAGUACUUGUCAACAUAAGCGGAAACUGUUUUGAAGGAAUAUAACAAAUAAUUUUAGAAAUGUGUAGAAGAAACAGUAAUGUUGUUUGAAUACCUGCUGUAAUAAUCUGCAAUAAUGUUUGAUUCUUGUUGUAACAACAAUGGAUUCACAAUGAAACAAAUUUUUUAAAUGAUAAAAUGGCUACACAGAUCAGGUAGCAAUUCAUAAAUAGCACUGACAAUGUUUUUUUGCAGUAAGUCGAAUUUAAAAACUUCUUUGUUUUUAUAAACCUGUGAAACAAUAAUAAAUGAGGACUGCUACCUUGUUAUUUUAAGUGUUAAUUAUAUUUAUCAGGAUACUACUAGAUACCAUUUUUAAAUAUUAAAUUUCAUUUGGAGGAACCACUUUGUGAUUAAAAUACACGACAGACUCUUUUACGAAUGAACCACACAUCACUAGUGUAAUACUGUACAGCAUUUAUUAUUUGUUACACAAACCAGUUUUUGGCUGAUAAGUCACUGUCGGGUAUGAAGAUAAGUAAGUGGUAAAGUGAAAUUGGUUGGAUCAAAGAUUUUAAAGUAGUCCAUCUAAAGAGUAUUUCUGUUUCCAGAGGUGAAAAAAAAUUAAUGUUACAAGAAGGAACAAAUAAAGGAUUAUUUCAGUGUAAA